UGUUGACAACAAAAGAUACAUGACACAUGACAUAGGUUCGAACGAGCGUCGACUGAUCGCAAAACGCACAGUAAUCCCUUAUUUAGUUUAUUUCGGAUAUGAAUUUAAAAAUGCAUUCUCUAUCAUCCACAGCUCGUGUUGGCGAAGCAGACAAAUGUUACAGUUGUGCCUACGUCAGCACAACGCCGGAUCUUCCCGGAAAUGACCCAAGAUGUCAAGAUCCGUUUCCAAGGGAUUCCAAUGUCACUGUCGUUGAUUGCUCAAAUGGUUGUCUUAAAACUUCGACGGAUCUAGGUGAUGAUGGCCAAUCCUGGCUUCGGGGAUGCGUUGAUGUGGUCGAGGCGUGUGCUAACACUUGCCAGACCGUCGAGGGGUAUACAGCCUGCUUCCACUGUUGUGAUGGUGAUUUCUGUAACGGUGUCGACACUGUCUAUCCCGCGAAGUUGCUGGCCAUGCUGUGUGCAUCCUUCGUAGCUGUUGCUGUUUAUAACUGAUGGGCCA